AUGGCCUUAAGAAUUCUGACGCAGACAAAUUCAUUUGAUCACCAUGACGACACCAAUGCUGUCGGCAACAUUAUUAUCCCCGCUUUAAAGGUUCUCACGGACAUGCUGAUAACAAUUCAGAGGCGCCUCUGGAAGGAUCAGUUCUGGGAGAACCCCUGGGACCAGGGGGGCCUGGCUGUGAUCAGCAUAUUCAUCAUCACGAUCCUGCUGCUCAUGUCAUUUGCUGUCGUAUUUGGGGCGCUCCCUCCGCUUGAGAAGGUGAACCAACUCGAAGAGCUGUGA